AUGGCGCCAAAGAAGUGGCGCAUUUUCUUCAAUCCUUUGGCACAUUUUACGAGGAUUGGCGCAUUUCCGCGAGUGCUGACAGGUCGACGGGAUAAUCCCAAAGCUGAAGUGAUUUUUAAAGGCAAAAAACUGAACAUCGCACCAGCUGUGAAGAAACAGAAUUAUCGUUCAGAAACAUCUGAAAUUUUUUGGAAUUCACCAGAUUCAUCAAUUGUUGAACAAGAAACAACCAGAAAAAAUUAUAUGAUUUAUUCAGAGAUUUCAGAUUAUCCAGGAAUUACUAGAUAUGAAAUACCAGCAAAUACUUAUGAAAGUCCUAAUGCAUAUAUUCAAGGUGGAUUGAAUUUCAGUGUAACUGAUUUACAAUAUGCCUAUGGCUCACCACAGAUGAAUAUUUUGCCAUAUCCAACACUAGUGUAUCUUCCCCAACAAGCUUUUCACUGUCCUGGAACUGUCUCAUAUCCCAUUAACAGUGCAUUUCCAGAAAUAAUUCCAAUUCUUCCUACUCCAUUAUGUUGCAUGAACGAAUCUAGGUAGACGCUGAUGGCAAUAAAAAGAAUUAUGAACAAAAGAAGAUUAAAAAAAGAACGGAUAAAUAUUCAGCAAAGUUUACGA